UCCCUGGCGCCUCGCUCACCCCCUCUGCUCUCCUUUGCUUCUUCUGCUCAGCCACGCCGUGCCGAGGUCCCUAGACCUCGUGCGCUCAUCUCCGCUGUGCUGGACACCGGUCCCCCAUACCACUGCCGCCGCCCCUCCCCCGGGACUCGAAAGAAUCCGGACUUUCCUCAUCGUGGAUCGAGCCGACUGCCGGGCUAGGCUAAGCGGAUUCUCCGGCCGCUCCGGACGCCGCCCGGGCCGGAGCACUGACAUUCUGGGUCCCGACUGAGUGCACCUCGGACGCCUGUCAAUACCAGCUCGAAAAGGGCAAGGCAAACUAGGGGCAGGACAGACCCCGGAGGGGCCCCAGACCCGCCGAACUGGACUGGACAGAGAGAAUCGAGAACCCUGCGGAGCCCGGGGAAUGCCGGGUGUGGGCUGAGGGGAUCCCGGCGCCCUCCCCAGCCCUCCGACUUUGGCUCUGUCGCCCGGACCCGACCGGCGUCGCCUCGGCCCGGGUCACCUGUGGCCUCGGGGCCCCCGAGCCCACCGGACCCUUGCAACCCGGAGCCUGGCGGGCGUGGUGGGAGAUUUUUCCUGCCCUCUUCCCCGGAGUGCAGAGGCCCCGCCCCCUCCCACCGCCCAGAUGUCUCCGGUCACCGCUCGGAGGACCUUCCUGAGGCCAGGAGCCGAAGGGUCCAGAGAGAGAAGUCCGCCCUAGGGGAGCCUUGGGGGCCCCCCAACCUCGUCUUGGGGCUCGGCCCCCGACGCUGCUUGGAGGAAAGACCGGUGCCCCCAUCCUCUGGGGCUGCCCUCCUCCAAUCCAAGUCCCUCUCCAGCGCUGUUCACAUCUGGAGCCCCCUCCACAUCUGGAAGAACCUGACCACCGUCCCUCUGCAGGUUCGGCUGCAUCUAGAGACCUCUGCCUUUGUAACUGCCCAGGAGUUGUGAGGGGAUUGCUGCCUUCCCCCAUCCCAAGGGCAUCUCUUACCCUAGUCCUUGCAGAAUCAUCCCCCUGCCUCCACACCCAGAUUCAGGCAAAGAUCAGCUUUGUACACCACAGGCUCUUCAAGUCCUGGAAGCUGUUCUUGGGCCCUAAGGUCCCUCCCCUUGCCCUCUUGUGUCCUCACCUUGACCCCCCGCCCCCCCCCCCGUCAGACUCUGUCUCCCUCUGGGUGCUCCAUCCCCCACCCAGAGGCAGAGUAGGUCGAGUGGCAGGCUGCAGGAGCUGGGUGAGGGCCGCCCAAGGCCAGGGUAGGCUGGGGGGCCGUUAAAAUGUGGAGCUCUGCCCGGCCGAGGGGGGCUCCGUGGAGGCAGGCAAAGCGUGUGCCCCGCUGGGGCGAGUAUGGGCAGGCUUGCGGCCACGUGGUGAAGGAUGAACAUUCGGGGUGCCCCGGACCUCGGGCAGCCCAGUGACGACCCCAACAGCGGUGGAGAGAGAGAGCGGAUUCGACAGCGCAUGAAGAUGGUCAUCGGGCAACUUGAAGGCAUCCUGAGGGAACUCAAAGAAGUGGCUAAGGAGCUGAGGGAGGUGGUGAGUCAGAUCGACAAGCUCACCUCUGACUUUGACUUUGACCUGGAGCCAGACGACUGGACCACGGCCACUGUGAGCAGCACCUCCAGCAGUGACAAGGCGGGUGUGGGCGGCCCCUUUGACAUGGGCCACCUGGACUUCAUGACAGCUGAUAUCCUCUCAGACAGCUGGGAGUUCUGUUCCUUCCUGGACGUCUCCACCCCAUCGGACUCUGUGGAUGGCCCUGAGGCGCCGCGGCCAGGCGCAGGCCCUGACUACCAGCUCAUGAACGGUGGUUUGCCCAUCCCCAACGGGCCACGAGUGGAGACGCCAGAUUCCUCCAGUGAAGAGGCCUUCAGUGCUGGCCCUGCAAAGGGUCAGGUACCCCAGCGGACCCCAGGGACGAGGGAAAGGGUACGAUUCAGUGACAAAGUGCUCUACCACGCUCUGUGCUGUGAUGAUGAAGAGGGGGACGGGGAGGAGGAGGUAGAGGAGGAGGCAGGCCUGACCCCAGAGCUACCCCAUGUGGAGCCACACACAGGCCCCCUCAAGCCCUCCCCAGCCCCCCACAAAACCAGGCGCUCUCCGUUGACUACCCGACGCUUGGGCCCCACGUUGGCUCCAGAACAGACCCGGAGGGUCACAAGGAACAGCAGCACCCAGACAGUAUCAGACAAGAGCACGCAGACCGUGCUGCCCUAUACGGCCACCAAGCAGAAAGCCAAGGGCAAGAACUAGGGGCUGGGGAGGGGGGAAUGCAUAGAGCUAUAAAUAUAUAUAUAUUUAAACAAACAGUCAUAAUAAAAUUCAUAAAUACUAAGGAUCCGGGCCCACAGGCCCCAAAGCCUUCAAGAAAGCUCAUCCUAAAACAAUCAGAUGUCCAAAGUUUACCCUCUCCUUCAUAUGGCAGGGUUCCUAAAGGGAGCUGAACCCUGCCAUGCCACUGCAAGUCCCCAGCACCACAGAGGUCUGUGACUGCUGGCCUGGGCCAUGUCCUAGAGACAAGCUAAGGCAGGGAUAUAAGAACUUAAAACCCAGGGUUGGCAUCACCGUGACUGGACCCAAAAGGACUCCAUCCUCCUGCUCAGGCAGAGCUCCAUAGAGAGACAGCCCCACCUCACACCCCUCCCCCACCCUGCAUUUUAGGAUUGCCCCAAACACUGAGAGGGAUACCAUGCCCUGGGGGAGGCUGGCAGCCACAGAGCAAAUUUGAGAACCCAAUCCUCUCUGAUUCAGCUCCCAGUCUCAGCUCUGGAGUUCAGAAUUCUCUGAGCGGAUCCAAGGUUUGUGGCUUGUGAUGGCAGCCAUCACAGAGCUGGGAACCAAGAUACGGAUGUACGUGACCAUCAACACUAGGCAGGCGGUGGGGAGAGGGGACCCAGUGUCUCCAACUGGCUCCUUCUUCUUAGCUCCAACCCCUUAGCUUCCAACCCCUUAGCUCUCCUUAAUACGUCCUGAAUAACAACAGAACUUCCUCUGCAAUGUGCUCCCCCAGCAACAGCACCCAAAUGUCCUUAGUCACUGUUCCCCAUUAUUGAGCAGGCCGCUGUGCUGAAUACACCAUGUAGCAUUAUCUUAUUGCCCCAUUUUUCAGAUGAGAAGGCUGAGGUUCAGAGAAGUGAAGUAAGUGGCCUAAGGUCACCUAGCCUCUGCUUUCCUGCCCCUAAGAACAAAGAGUUUCCAGGCUAUGCCCAUCUCUGUUAUACAGCAGCCAUAUCACCUUGGGCAAAUCCAUUUGCCCCUUGGACUCUUUCUACUUCAGCUGUAAAAUGGGUCUGAUAGUCUUUACCACCUCCAUAGCUGGCACAGGGAUUCAGUAAUUGGUGAGUGUACACGCUGGAGAUAAUUUGGAGGCACUACAUGCCUACUGUGGUCUGUGGGCCAGCCCACAUCUCCAGUGACUUCCAGGGUAGAGGGGCCAAGUAGAAGCCAUUUCCAUGGGGUCAGGAGUCAUCCUGAGUCAGAAGUAUCACAUGCACAUGGCUUUGCCCCUACAAACAACUUGAGGCCAGAAGAUGGCCACAGCGUGACUCAUUACCCCACCUGGAGCAGAGGGGUAAGGUUGGUUCACUGCUGAAAGCUUGGGUCCUGAGGCCUUCCUGGGACACAUUUCUAUUAAUGCAAAACCACAACCCACCAGGAGGGGCCUUAGAAUCUGCUAGCACCUGCUGUCCCUGCUUGGGGAGGUGCUGUGUAAUCCCAGAGUGGGGACGAAUCCCAAGCUAGUCUAGGGGGAAUAUGAGGGCACGGCUGGAGACUCCGGCAGACCUACAGUAUCACAGGAUGAAACCUGUCCCACCUCAGGUGAGACAGAACCCUUCAAAGUCAGUGUGGUGCAGCCACCAGUGUUAAAGUCCAGUGGUGGCCAGCUGGGGCUAGCUCACGCCAGGGGGCCAGCAAGGUCCUGGCCUCCAUGAGCUGAACAGUUCCCAUACAUCCCAUUCUCCCUCUGAGACUGGUUUUUCCCUCAGCAGUGUUGAGACUGUUUUUCUCAUCUUUGCAACCAUUAUGGAGAUGAAACCUACAGAACAGUUCUCAUUUCACAGGGGAAGAAAGAGGCCCAGGGCCAGGAUCUCUGAGAGUCCCGAGUGAGGGAUUUCUUUUUCCCUUCUUAAAUCCCUCCUCUGACCCAGGUUCAUAUGACUGUCUUAGGUCAUAGACAACCUCAGCCGCCUGUGCCCAGGUGGGCGUGUAGAGUGAGUGUGUCCUGGCUUUAGAUAUAGGUUUACCGUGGUGAAGGUCCAGAAAGCUUUUGGCCUGCUCACCAGAUCCAGACCUCACUGACAGAGGGAUAGGAUUGCCAAGGGCUUAAGACUUGAAACCCAGACCCUGCGCACCCAGGGAGAAAAGGCAUUCUGACCGUCAGAGCCUAUGCUCCCAUCCUUAGAGCACACAAAGCCAUCCUGGGCCCCUCCUCCACCAGUCAGCGGUGCCUCCUACUCCUCCCUGCCUCCAGGCCUGGCUGGUGUCUGGCUCUCUCCUGGGGAGAGGUCUGCUCCAGGGAAGUAGGAUUUCGCCUGCCACCUGCUGCGUGCACUUUCUUGUCCUGUGGGUGCUCUGGACAAGGUGGGAGGGAUCCAAGCCAGAGAGGUGGCUAAGCAUAAUAAAUAACUCCAUUUAAUGAGCACAUACUA